AUGGGUUUUGCUGUCAUUUUUGUCCUCUUUCUUACAGGGUGUUGGUGUUGGUGUUGGUGGGGGAGUAGUGCCGCGGACGAGCCAUCGUCAUCGCCUCUCUCGCUAUCGCCUACAGGAGAGGAUGUGGUACUUUCCUCGCUGUCGCGGUGUCUUGUGUUGGUUAAAAGCAUACUUUCUGCUCCCAUCAAAUUAUGGGUUUGUACGUUGGAUCGCCUUUUCCUGAUCUCACAUUCGUCAUUGUUGUGGCAACAGUUGAACGGUGACGGUGGUUUUUCAUUAAACGGUCUACGUCAAGCGCGCUCUCUUGUCUCUCGUGCUACCAGUGCCGCGUGGACAUACACGCACUUUUUUGUGACAGAUAAGCUGUGGUCUUGCUUACACGAUUUCACCGGGCGGCUUCUUUCGGCGCUGAGGCUGGCAAUCCAACUUGUGAGGAAUAAAACGUUGGAAGGAGUGCGUUGGGUGUAUAUUUAUUCCAGUUUGCUGGGCUUGAAGGCGACGUCGCAGUGCCAAGGGAAGGUUGACUGCACACAUGGGACCACAGUCACUACGACUUCCACGCCAUCCGCACCGUUGCUGUCAUCAGUAAAUAGUACAAUCAAUGAUACGGUCCUUGCCCAGGAGCCAGCGCGGUUGACGAGGAUGCCCAGUAUCCUAACUUGGCUGAGAAAUACUUUCACGUUUUUGUUCCCAUCCAAACAAGAGGCGGCAGGUUCGCAGCGACCUCUUUUACGCUCAGAUGAGACGCGCCACGGCAGCUCUCGUGUCUCACGCCGUGCGCGUCCGCCAGGUGAGGGAUCCUCCACUGACUGA